UUGCGCACUCACAGCAAGACACUCAGUAUAUCUCACACAGGAAUUGAUGGCGAACACAGGUCGAUUGGUCCUUUUCCUGGGCCAGGUACUGGAAAUCUUCCAUCUACUACGGCGGUCAAUAAGCCUGUUGCUCAGGGAGCAAAUCCUGCCUCCACUUCACCAUCCACUUUCUGUGGUAACCUGCUAACUAGUGGCACUGGCCAAAGCGCCCCAGCUGCAAAUGUUGUUUUAGGUGGAGCUGUUGCCGGCACCUGUUUCAGCGGAAGCAUUUCUGGUGGCCCAGGUUCAAGUGGCGGAAGUAGUUCUUUGUGUAAUGCCAGUAUUAUGACUGCUGCUGGUAUUGGUAGUAGUGGUGGUGUCACAGGUGGGAGCUCUGCUUCUUCUAUUGGAGGCAAAUCGGCUUCGAUCGUUGAUUCCGUGUCAGGUGGGCUGCAUGAUACUGGAACAUCUGCCCAGCUACCUCAUAUGGGUGCAAGCCAAGCUCCAGGUACCUAG